GGGAAUGGCUCAACGUAUUGGCCGUGCUCAGCUUUAUAUUUGCAAAGUCAAAUGCUCAAAUGGAUGUGUGUGGCAGGAGUACCAAGAUUAUUGGAGGUGGAGCUGCUCAAGAAGGAAGUUGGCCCUGGCAGGCGAGUCUUCAGAAUUUAGGCAUUCAUGUUUGUGGUGGUUCCCUCAUCAACAAAGAAUGGCUCCUAUCCGCCGCCCACUGCUUCACCAGCACAACUACCGCCACGUGGUCAGUUUCUCUUGGUCGUCACAACCUUGAGGAGACGGACCCGAACGAGGUUACCAGAACGGUUGCCGUGAUCAUUUUGCAUCCGUUAUUCGACAGUUUAAUUUUCAACAAUGACAUCGCUCUGGUGAGACUCUCCUCUGCAGUUACGUUCACAAACUACAUCAGACCUGUUUGUCUGGCUGCUGACGGCAGCGUGUUCAACACCGGUACCAAAACCUGGGUCACCGGUUGGGGAGACAUGCAGGAAGGGGACUUGCAAGAAGUUCAAGUUCCAAUUGUGGGGAACAGACAGUGUAAAUGCUUACUUGGAGUGGAUUUGGACAGUAUGAUCUGUGCUGGUUUUCUAGAAGGGGGCAAAGACACUUGUCUGGGAGACCCAGGAGGUCCAAUGGUGACUGAGCAGGAUUCUAUCUGGAUCCAAUCUGGAAUCAUUAGUUUUGGAUUUGGAUGUGCGCUGCCCAAUCAGCCUGGAGUCUACACCAGAGUUUCCAGCUACCAGUCCUGGAUCAACUCCAGGAUCAGUAGUGACAAGCCGGGCUUUGUCCAGUUCAAGUCCGACGGGCCGGAUAUUGAUAGCACCUACACUUGCCCUGGUUUGCCUCGUCCUGUUACUGAUUCCCCCCCUACGGCAGGACCAGAUCCAGAACCCAUAUCGAGUGCUGAAGUGUGUGGCAGUCCAACACUGAAGACCCAAAUUGUUGGUGGUGUCGAUGCUCAAGAAGGAAGUUGGCCCUGGCAGGCCAGCUUGCAGAUUUUUGGUGCCCAUAUUUGCGGCGGUUCUCUCAUCAACCGAGAAUGGGUCAUGUCUGCUGCUCACUGCUUCUCCAGCCAGGAUCCUUUCGGAUGGGAAAUUUCUCUUGGUCGCCAGAACUUGCAGGGAAACAAUUUAAACCAAGUGUCUCGAACCGUCGACACAAUCAUUCUGCAUCCGUACUUCAACGCUUUGAGCUUGGAAAACGACAUCGCUCUACUCAGACUCUCUUCACCGAUCACAUUCACCGAUUACAUCAGACCUGUGUGUCUGGCGUCUCACAACAGUGUCUUCAACAAUGGCACUGAUAGCUGGGUCACCGGUUUUGGAGAAGGCGAGGGAGGAGUGCCCAUCCCUUUCCCUGGGACGUUACAAGAAGAGGAGCUCCUAGUUCUGGGAAACAGACAAUGUAGCUGUCUAAUCGGAGUGGAUUUAGUCACAGACGAUAUGAUCUGCGCUGGAUUUCUCGAAGGAGGGAAAGACACUUGUCUGGGAAACUCAGGAGGUCCAAUGGUGAGCAAGCAAGAUUUAAUCUGGAUUCAAUCUGGAAUCAUCAGUUGUGCUCAGCCAAGUAAUCCCGGCGUUUACACAAGAGUGUCCCGCUACCAGUUCUGGAUCGACUCCCACAUCAGUACAGACAAGCCGGGAUUUGUACAAUUCAAGUCCAGCGGGAUAGAUAGUGACAGCAACUACACUUGCCCUCUACCUUCUUCUAAAGCUCCUUCUCCAAAAGAAUCAGAAGCCACCUCAGCAACACCAAGCCCAACGCUACCGAGUCGCACUGGUUACCGUCUUUUCUAUGCUUCAAAUGUUCUCUUGACUUGCUACCUGUGUCAUUUUGCACUUUUUAUCAAUUUAGAUCAAGUGUGCGGCACUGCACCUUUGAACAGUCGUGUGGGUGGAGAGCGUGGAUUUGUCCCAGGUGGGACUUGGCCUUGGGUCGUAAGUCUUCACAAAAACGGCUCCUACGCUUGUGCAGGAACGCUCAUCACUUCUCGAUUCAUCCUCACUUCUGCCGAGUGCUUCUCUAUUUCUUCUCCAACACCCGGAGACUGGACUGCAUAUCUAGGACAGAAAUUUUUCAACCGCGUGGAUGAGUUUGAAAUGUCUUCAACUAUUGACAAAAUCAUAUUGAGCAAACUGCCAGGUUCCAACAUUGCCGUGCUACGGCUAACAAAAGAUGUUAGCGUGAACGAUUACCUCCAGCCCGUGUGUUUGGACAUCACCGAUGAUGUCUCGUUCCCUGUUGGAACUCGGUGCUGGACGGCUGGUUGGGGAAAAGCCAACACAGGUUUUGAGAAAUCCGAACAUCUAAGAGAACUCGGAACUGUGGUAGUCAGUUGCGGGAGAACCGCUUCUGAUCUGGACAACAUUUGUACUUCCGCCUUGGACCUUCAACAGGGAGACGAUGGCGGCCCGCUGAUAUGUAAAUCCGACUCAUCUUGGUUCCAGGCGGCCGUCGUUACAACAGGUACUCGAUUGCUCGGCGCCAACAUCGAGGUCUUUUCCAGAAUGUGGCAUUUUGGAGCAUUCUUGAAGGAAAUAGUCGGCGACAUUCCAUCUCCCGCCACUAAGUCCUCAGCAGGUGCUCCACGUUGCUUCUCCUCGUUCCUUUUAUUCUUAGUGACUUUGACCUCGGUCUACCUGGUCCUGUGCGAAUCUUGAAACUUUUAAUUGCUAAGGAGACCAAAAUUGUAUUUUGUCCCACAAGUAAAUGAAAAAAAGAAAGGCAGAAUUGUCUUCAUUAUUGUGAAUCAUUUUAACAAUAGCAUCAGAAUGUAGAAAGAAAAUUAGGAUGUCAUACAAAUGCAGGCUUGUUUAAAAAAAAAAAAUACUAGUGCAAAGAAAUGUCAUUCUGUAUGUUGUCAUAAAAUUCAAUGGAAUGGGACGAUGACGUCAUUGUUUUGUGCAGCUUCAAAUAAAAAGCUGAAACGACCUAAAGUUAUUUCGCUACGACUCCGUGAGAGCGUCUCCGUCACCCGCCUGGCCGUCCAUAUCGGCGCCCUCGGCACCGUUAAUCAUCUCCUGGUAUUUACUCUUGAAAAAUCCAACC